AAAAUGCUGCUCCCAGCGAGCGUUCUGAUUGGCCUACUGUGCCUGAGCAAUGUGGGCGGUGCGUGGGGUUUCGCCCGUCUGCAGGAUGACGUGGAGCUACGCUCGGCUUUCUCGGUUGCACGCACCAACAGCAUGGAGGGCGGGCCCAAGAUGACCGUGACCUUUGACGCAAUUUAUGUCAACAUUGGUGGAGAUUUUGAUCCCAAGACUGGCUUGUUUCGCUGUCGCAUCACCGGGGCCUACUUCUUCUCCUUCACAGUGGGGAAGUUCCCACACAAAGACCUGUCAGUGAUGCUGAUGAAGAACAGGAAUGAGGUGCAGGCCAUCGUGUACGAGGAGAACGCCGGCGAGGAGAGGAAGGUGCAGAGUCAGAGCGUCAUGCUGCAGCUGGAGUUUGGUGACACCGUCUGGCUCCGUCUCCAUGGUGACCCUCGCUAUGCGCUCUACAGCAACACGGGACACUACACCACCUUCAACGGUUACCUCAUCUACCCCGACACCUACGACUUCCAGACACACCACCACCAUUCUAACUCCAACUCCCAGCAGCCCCAGGAGGAGAACAAGCCCCUGUUGAACAGCAACCAGGCCACCGAGAACAUCAGGUCUGAAACAACAGACGCACCGGUGGUGGUGGUGGUUGUGGAGGAGAAGGAGCAGCAACAUCAGGAGGUAGAAGAGGAAGAGUAUGACGAGGACGAGGACGACCAGAGAUCUGCCUUCUCGGUAGGGCGCACCCAAAGCAUCGUGGGAGUCAACCAAGUGGGCCUGCCGCAGCACCAGCCGGUCAGCUUCGACACGGCGUUCGUCAACAUCGGGGAAGACUUUAACGUGACAGAGGGGGUGUUCACUUGUCGCGUUCCUGGAGCCUACUACUUCUCCUUCAACGUGGGCAAGAUGCCGCAGAAGACGCUGUCCGUCAAGCUGAUGAAGAACCACCUGGAGGUGCAGGCGAUGAUCUAUGACGACAGCCAGGGCGAGAAGGCUCUGCAGAGUCAGAGUUUGAUGCUGUCGCUGAAACCGGGAGAAAUCGUCUGGCUCUACUCCCACCAGAAAGAUGGCUUUGGAGCCUACAGCAACCACGCCAAGUACAUCACCUUCACUGGCUUCCUGGUAUAUCCCGACUUACCCAACACUACAACCACCACCGGAGGCAGCCAAUCAUAUGCAGACAAGAAGCCCUAGCCACAGCAUACAGGCUUGGGACUGAACAUUGUGGGGGGAAUUCAGUAAGUGGAGAAGUCCGAGUCCACAAAAGGCAUUGGGCAGUUUGUGGGUAGCGUGCCGAGUGGAGGAAACUCACCGUUGUCUUUGACGUUUCCUCUUACUAGGAAUUUCUUCACAAAAUCACGGGGACCUUUGACUGAGUGCAAUGCUUAAAAGAAAAUCUCUUCAAAUUCCAGCUUUUAGCGUCCCAGGAUAAGACUUCAUCAUAUUCAAACGUGAAACUUCGAAUGAGAACUCAAAUUCAAUAUUGCACUCUAUAAUGAAAACUGCAGCAUUACCUGUUCACCGCCGUGUCAGCCAAACCACCACAGGGACAUAGAUGUUGUACUUCCAUGACAUUGCAAUUCAACAACGCUAAAACUACCCUCUGUUAGUUAUUCUGUUAGUUGUAUAUAAUCAAUCCAGAAGGGCACUCUUGGAGCGCAGAAUUCGACCAAGGGAGUUUUCAUAAGUGACAAAUAAUGCGUAUCUACACCCUUGGAUUUGGAUACCCUCCAAAAUUGAAUAUUUUCUUCCUUGUCCAAUGCUGCACCCUUCCACAAAGUUUAAUGAAAAUUGGGCCUGUAGAUUUUCUGGACAAAGGUAAUGAUUUUUGGUACUUUUCCUGGGUUUGCAUUCAGCAUCUCCCAUUAAAGUGAAAACUAAAUUUAAAGUGUUUUUUUAAACUAGAAGCCAGGCUCACAACCUGUUAAGGAUUAAAGUCACCCGGCCUACUGUACACGUAUGUGAGGAGGUAAUCUCACAGUAAUUUUCAUUUUAAAGUAAAAAAAAACAUUCUGUAAGUGCAUUUGUAAUUCUUGUCAAAGACUUGUUGUUUCUGCUUGUAUGUAAAAUGUCACUUUACUUUAGUUCUGUCUUUAGAGGCAUGUGAAACUGAUACAAGCGUGUGUUUCGUGUCAAAAAGAGUCUUUAUUUUAUUUAUAUCAAAGUGUUUCUCGCUCCGAUGCUUAGCCACAGCGGGAGCAGAGGACAAUGGGACGAAACCAACCGUUCUGAUAAAGCGCAGACUGCAUAUCCAUCCCAACUGUUGACCACAUGCCACCUCUGGGCCUGCGGACCUUAAAUUUGAUUUCUAAUUCUAGCAGCAGUUUAAUUCAUUUCUUCAGAUGGCGUCCACUGUGGGGAAAAUUGAACAGCUUCUCCAAGGCCAAUGUAAUAUGCAUGUCUGUUUAAUUUCACACCGCCGGGAGAAAGAUGAUGCUGUUCAAGUUGUGAUGAACCUUGACUUUAUGAAAUCACCUACUCUGUUGGAGAAGCACCGUGUGAAGUGAUACUUUGCUGUAAUUGAACAUUUACACUUUUUUUAAAAAGGUAGUUUUCUGUGAAGUUAUGCUAUAAAUGAUGGGCUUGACACACUAGGGUUUUGCUAGCAGGCUAGUUUAUUUUAAGAGAAUGUACAUUUUAGACCAAUAUAAGUAAGUGGUGGGCACCAAUAUCAGUUUACAGAAUUCUAAUUAUAAGACUACCAAAGCAAACUUGGUUUGGUUCAUUUGAUUUCUGCUGUCAUUAAAGAGAUAAAAAAAAGUUUUACGUGGUGCUGAAAGCAUCGACAAAUGACAGUUAAUGUAACACUAAUCAAUAUUUUUGUCUAAACAAUGGACUAAAAACUCACCACAGCAAUCAUUUUAUUGCUUUGGUUUAUUCUUACUGCCAUUAUUAACUUUCCAGCCAAAAGAAAACCAAACCCACGAAACCCUCAAAUGACAGACACAAUUAGAGACUAAUUGGAGAACAUGUAUAGAACCUUUUCCAGCUUAAGAGCAAUAUGUUUUCUCAGGAGAUAGUGGAGACCAACAUGAGCUAAAAGCAGAGAGUUACAUUCAUCACUUCAAUGAAAGCAUGAGUCAAAAAUAAUGAUAAUGUUGCUUCGUGUCUGCUGAUUGUGCGAAUAAAAAAAUGAUUGCUUACAUAAAAAGAUUUUAUGGCAAGAAAUACACUAUUAUAAUACAAGGACAAUGUUGUUUUUACAGCUUGUUUGAAAGGGAACCAAGUGACCAAAAACAUCUGACUGCAACUUGCCAAAUCCAGAAGCAAUGUUGCCAAAGAGGUCAGAAAAUAAACGGGUCAGAAGAACAUAUAGGCGUAGAAAGAAGAAAUGUUUGUUUGGUUAUUUUUCAUUUUCUAUGAAGAUUUUGACCUUUUUAGAUCUUGAAGAGCUAAGGGAACAACAUUUUCGUUAAACUAUUCAUAGACAUACAGCUUGGGCACUGGUUCUCAACCUAGGCGUCAGAAUAAAUCUGAGGAGUCACUCGACAAUUGAUAAUAUAAAAAAGAAAAAGGAAAAACAAAAAUCCUAUUUCCACACUGAGGCCAUAACCUUUAAAAAUAGGUACUACGUAGACAUUUUAGGGCUCACAAGCCAACCCACAUGCAAAAAACCGUCCAUUGAAACUAAUCACAAGUUGAGAUAAAGAUAUCUAUCCCCAGAUGGGAAAUGUGGUAGUUGCAGCAGCAGAAAGGCACAAUAAAAAGGGAUAAAUAAAGAAAGUACAAAUAUAAGUAUACUUAGAAUGCAUUCAGGCACAUUUUAAGACAGUAUUACAAGUUAAACUGACAGUGGUUUGAUGAAUAUUUUCACAAUACCACUCAAAGCUAGUGAAAAUCCAUACUGAAAAAAAGAAAAAAUAAGUACUGCAUUGAGACUGUUAGACAGCGGCAAAUCACAGAAAUUAAGUAAGUAAAAUGAAGGGUUCUCUUGGUGUAUUUCACCGAAAUAUCUAAAAUUAAACACAAUCAGAUAAACCUGAGAAUGUGAUGAGUGGGGAAAGCAGAAUUUUCUGAAAUUAGCUGAAAAUCCCAAGCGUCUUCACCUCACAGCGUUCUCUUUAGCACCGGGGGAAAUGGCCUCACACACCUCUUCAGAAAACUAAUAAGCGACAGCAAGUCUCCGGCGACCUCACACUCUCACCAGGCCUCUCUGUAACAGUGUUACUAAUCGACAAUUUCCUCUCCUCUAGUCAGAAAAUGACACAGUUUUGGACAAGACACGCUCAUUUUUUUGCAGGAUGAAAUUGCUGUGGGUUUGCCUCAUUUCAGAAAAUAAUGCAUUCUGCUCAAAUCCAACCCUUUAUAUAAUUCAGCCUGAGAGAGACUCCAGUGCUUGAGGGUGGACCUGUGGCUGCUUCAGCUUUACUUUGAGACAAACCUGACCCUGUUCAGUAAGUCAUGAUCAGAACUUGUGGUGUGUGAAAUGACUUGAGCAUAACUCAUCUGAAGCACUUGUGUGAUGCAUGCAUGUAACUAGAAAUACAAUUUAAAAAAGAAAAGUUGUCAUGACUUGCUGACCAGCUUUACAGGCCCAGGUGACGCCUGUUAACCUGGUAUUUUUAUUAAAGUGAAUUAUCUGUACAGUAACUGACAAUAUGUUGGAUGUUCCUGGUCUGUGCUUCUUUCUUUUUGAUAAUCCUGAGGAAAGAUGGAUCAUCCUGUAUUACUAACUACUGUAUUUCCAGCAGGCAUGAGUCAAAAUGCGGUUGAAAAUUAUCCAAAAUAAGAAAUUGUGUCCCAAAAGCACAAAUCCAACCACAAUGAAAAAAAAGAAAAUAAUAAUUAUACAUUUUGACCAAUGUCUACAGUAGUCUGGUUGUUGACUCUUGUUUUGAGUAUUUCUUAAAUGUAAAAUGAAUGCUUCAUUACAAAUGUUUGACAAAAUAAAAACUGGAAAUGUAAA